AUCCUUUUGAGACUAGUUUUGGCGGUCCAUGAGCUUCCUGGCUCGUUUGGACCAAUCUACGAGCAUGAACUUGUAACAUCAAUCAUCAAUCAAGUUUGAGUAAAUGGCUGAUUAGUCUAUAAAUAUAUUACGCUGCGAAAUCAUGAUUCGAUAGACACGCAAUAACAUGCGUGUGUUUAUGUAAGUGGGUCAGCAUGCAAGCUUCCGGGGGGCUCGGAGCCCGUCCGAUUCGCCAUGAACGCUACAUAGCACACGCAAAUGCUUCCAGAGGCAUUUGCGUGAUAAGCGCUUACAGAAACGGAACCAAUGCCAACCAACUGGCCCUCGAAGGUGGCGUUACCAGCAGAGUUCAGAGCCUCCAGGGCUUCGUCGCGAGCUAUCCCAGCAUUGACUAUGUGGCGACCAGCGACAUCGAACCCCAUGCUGAAGCCCUGCGCGUAGCGGCUAGUGUCCUGCUGGAGGUUGACAUGGACACCCCGACCGGCCUUGUCCUGCUCGGUGGCCUCAGUGCCCAUGCGAGCCCAUACACGGCAGCGGGCGGCGACGGCAUGCAUUACACGCACAUCAGCCAAAGAGGCGUUGCGGUGGGAGGCGUGUGGGAGCCCGUGGAUAGCAGCCCCCGUGUCUGCGAAUUCCGGGUGGAGCGCCUACAGGAGCGAGCAGCCACGCGGUCCAGGCCCCCCUGCUGUUGCAGUGGCCCGUCCCCCCCGGCGGCGGCACCGCGCCUGGGCUUCACCGUACAGCCAUUGGUGUGCGAAGAAGCUUUCAGGGACCGCGCAGCAACCAGGGGCUUCCUGCCGUUCAAGAGCGCCUGCGCCAUCCUGGCCCAGACGCUGGGGCCCGAGUGGCGCGCGAUGUUGCUGCCCCCGGACGUGCCGCUCCAAGCGGGUCUGCCGCUGCUGUGCCCAGAGACCCAGCAUUGCAUGCGGCGGUAUGUGGCGUACAUCCGAGUGGAGGGCCACAACCUGAUGCAGCAGCAGCUGCCUGACUCCUCGCAGCUGCCCAGCAGCUGCUGGCGCGCGGAGCAGCUCGACGACACGUUGGGAAAGCGUGACGGCACGGCCACGGGCAAACCAACGUCACCGGCUUCUCCCGGUGCGGUCCAUUGCGCCAGUCCGCCGGCAGCUCAAUCGUACGAUUCGGGGCCUGUGGCUUCUGCGGGAGAACCAAAUGGGCCGCAUUCACCGCCCGUCAAUCCAGGGGCCGCUGCUGCCCACAGCCCGCCACCGCCCUCACCGGCGGUGGCGAGCAGCUUUGGAGCGGCGCCUGCUAUGACCAGCAGCGGCGCGACACUGGUGUCCUCACGGACCAUUUCAUCUCCAGCAGCAGCGUCUCAGGCAGCAGCUGGGGUGCAAAGCUCAGCAUUCGAGACCGCGCCAAGGACCGGUGCCGCAGCGGCUGAGGAGGAGGGCAGCGUCAAGGCCGCCGCGGUCCAGGUGGAGGGCUUGCUGUACACCAUACUGGCUGGGAUGAGACAGCUGGGAGAUGCCAUGGCUCGUGCGGAGGACUCAGUGCGGGCCGCGGUCAGCCGUCAAGUCCAGCAGCUGGCACUGGCGCUGGGACCACUCUCGGGCGCCGCGGCAGAUGCGAGCGCUGCGGUGGUGGCCGCUGCGGCUGCUGCUGAGGCCGCCGUGGCCGCAGCGACUGUAGCGACUGACGAGGCCGCGGCGGCGGCAAAGGCCGCCACGGCGGCUGCAGCCAAUGCGGGCGUGCCAGCAUCAGCAGCAGCAGCAGCGGGCGGUGCUCCAGGAAUGGCGGGCAGCACAGCGGCUCCAGCCGGGCCGGCGGCGGCGCCUCCACCAUUGCCUCAGGCGGGUCCUCGAACUGCGUACGGAGUGGAAGCCAGACGGGAGGCUGUAGCUACAAGAGCAGUGGACAGGCUGGCAGCAGGCGCGGCGGCUCAGGCGGAGGAUGGGACCUCUGGAGCCGCACAGGCACAACAUGUGCCUGCGGCGGAACACGGCCCAGCUUCGCUCAGGACACAGGGCGACACCGAUGACGCACCUGCGAGUGCGGCGGCAAGUGCGGCGGCAGCGGGCGCGGCGGCCGGUGACCCACGGUCUAACCAGGAGGGCAACCUUCAAGCCGAAGGGACGGGCAGCGCUGUUGGUGCCACAGCAGGGUCGGCAGCAGGCACCACAACGCAACUGGGCAGUGCACCGCUCCUGAUCGGCCGCACCGCAGAGCUGCUGCACGUCAAGCUGCCAAUUAACAUUGUCACCUACAACAUCCGCAGCCUGAAGGAGGCAGCGGUGGCAGCGACAAAGGUGACCGCUGCGGCCUCAGCGGCGUCCCAGGUGGCGAGCGGCCCUGUGGGCAGCCAAGAAAAGGGAGCGGCAGAGGAGCGGGAGGAGGAGAAGGAGGAUCAGUCGGAGGAGGGGGAGGCGAUGGAGGAGGAGGACGAGCCAGCAGAGGGGGAGGAUUUGGAGGAGGGCGAGGUGGAGGAGACACUGGCAGAGGCCGUAAAAGCAGGUCAAGUGACAAGGCGGGCAGCGUCAAAGGCAAUGAGGCAGUCAGCCGCAUCACUGGCUAAGCCAUGGCAGUCAGCAUCACACGCGGCGGCGGUGCAAAGAGCAGCCACUGAAGCAGCUGUCCAGGCAGCGGCGGCCAAGAAGGCUGCAGAGUGGGAUGAGGAGACAGGCGACAGGGACGAAGAGUCGGCGGGCUCAGCUGGCCCAGCCACCAACGAGGUUAACAAAUUGGGCGACACGGACCUGACCCUGCUGGAGGGCGUCCUCGCCGCCAUCAUCGACAACGCCGGCUGGGCCCUGCCCCGUGGCUUGCAGUCGCCAGGGCGCCUGGAUGUGGUGUGCCUGCAGGAGGUGCGGGUAGCGAAGGAAAAGCUCGCUCUUGUUGAUGACCUGCUAACGCGGUUGAAGACGAAUUGGGACUACGACCACGUGAAGGAGGGAGAUCAAAUCAUCCUUUGGAGCAGUUCCACGCUGGAGCGAGUGGCGGACGCGGAAGGAAAUGGAUGCCUCACCAGCCCCAACCCGGACUAUGUGUGGCGGCGCAAGACCGAGGCAGAGGAGGCACAGAAAGCAGGGAAGGCGGGAAAGGCGGGAAAGGCGGGAAAGGCAAGGCAAAUUGAUAAGACGGCCGAGGAGGAGGUCGAGGAGGCGGCGGAGAAGGAGAAGGCGGCCCGCCUCGACUUUGCCUGGGAAGGGCAGCAUUAUGACGACGCCCUUGCUGAAAUGGAGAAGAACCAGACGGGAACGCGCAGUAAGUGUGACGCCGAAACCUUCUUCCGCUACCCGCCCAUCACCGUGGUGUUGCGGCGACGCUUUGAGACCACCGGCUCCAACACCACCUACGUCAUCACCAACGUUCACACGCCUGGCAGCGGCAGCGGCGGUAAUGAGGCCAAGCACCUGGAGCAGCUGAAGCGGGAGGUGGAAUGGCUGAUGGACGUGGAGAGGUACGGCCGCGUCAUGCGGCACAUGGAGCAGCUCAACAACAACUACCGGGACAAGGAGGGCAAGGAGCUGUACCCGGGCGGCCUGUUACCCGAGGGCGAGGCGCACAUCGACGUCGUGCACGUGGUGGCGGGCGACUUCAACACGCAGAACUACUGCAAAGCCUUGAUGGGUGCCAAGGCCAAAGGCCCCAAGCCCUCAAAGGCCUCCCAGGCCGACACUACACCCGAGCCCCAGUUCCUCUGCCUCCACAGCUGGCUCUCGUACCAAGGCAGCAAGGAGCAGCGCUCAGAGCCCAGCACCGCAGCCAACUUCCCAGACGUGGUGUACGUGCUCAAGUCAAGCGCGGAGAAGGCCCAACUGUACAACACGGGCUUCCAAGUCCUGCCUCUGGCCCGGGCCGGAAGCAAAACGUUCAUGGGCGGCUCUGACCACAAGCCGGUGCUGGUGUCGUUCCGGGAGGAGGGUCAAUGGGCAAUGCCCGUACGCUCGCUGGCAGUGGCGGUGAGCUCAAUCUUGAGGGGGCGGGUGCAGGAGGCGGUGAACGAGAUGCGGGCGGAGGUGCAGGCGAAGCUGGACCUCCUGGUGCAGGCGGUGCCGGCGCAGGCCGUGUUGGCUCAGCUGCACGAGGCGCACCCCAUGCAAAAUGUGUGGAACUGGGGCGGGCUGAGGUAAGGUAGAAGGUAGAGGUGCGAUGUGGUGACUUCAGAGUAGUAAACUGCUAGGAUAACGCCAGCAGCAGUGGCGUCAUGGGCCUAAUUAAUUUGUACAGCAGCAAGCAAGGCAGCAGUGGCGUCAUGGGCCUAAUUAAUUUGUACAGCAGCAAGCAAGUAAGGCAACGCAUCAUAACACCCCUGCAAUAUUGCAAGACAUCACACAUAACGUGGCCGUGCCCGUGGGGUGGUUUGGCAUCGGCUCUGCUGCGCAGUGCCGGGAAGGAAAGGUGCAAUACCAACGUUGUGGUUGAUGAAGCGUGACAUUGAAGAAGAUGCGUGCUCUGUUGAGUGUUCGCGAGGAAUCAGACCUGCUGUGACAUUGUAGGAGUAACGCAUAUGCACCUGAGAUCCGGACGUGCCGUGCGCCCGUGCGUGGAAUGAUUGGCCCCGUGGACAGACGGGCUCUAUUAUUCGGAGUAGGGUCGUCCGGAGUGCAACGCAAUCAAGCAGUCGGUAUCACGGUAUGGCAGGGAACUGGCUAGAGCAGACAGCGGGCUGUGCAGGCUGGAGGCAUGCGGACGCGUGAAAUUGAUGCAGCUGCUGCGUGUGUGUGCGUGUGUUGCGGCCCUGGGGUCCGCAUAGUCGGCUUAAAUGAGACCGUGACCAGCGGACCAAGGAAGCACAGAAGCAGGGCUCCUUCCGGGGCUCCUCAGCUGUCAUUCCGGGGCUUGAAUUGUAUGUAGGGUGGCAGCAUCAGGGACGCGAGUGAGGUCAAUACAGCUGGGAGCCGGAGCGGAUGCAUGCACGUCACUUGGGGGCGCGAGCGCACAUGGCCAGCAGUGUAAGCUUGUGCCGCCUGCCAUACAAGUCACGCCAGCGUGAAGUGCGCGGUCCCCGAGUUUACAAUGCAUCAGGCCAGGCGGCCAGCUGUAAGCGUCCCAGUCA